AUGAAGGUAGCCUCUGGAGUUUCCUUUUCCAAUAAUGGUGAGGAGUUCAAUCGCCUUUUCUCCCGCAUUGAUGUGGACGGAGAUGGUAAAAUUUCUCAAACUGAAUUUCAGCUUCUUAUGAUGAGAACUACUGGAGAAAAACUUAGCUCGGAGGACAUCGAGGCUAUGCUCCAAUAUGCGGACUCGGAUGGAGAUGGUUUUCUUGAUAUGGAAGAGUUCAUGGCAGUGGCAGGCAUUAUUGAUGACGCUUGUCAUGAGGUGGAAACAAAGAAAGAAGAACAGUACUUGAAGGAAGCCUUUAGUCAUUACGAGAUAGAUGAUCAUCAAGGUUUCAUCAACGCCAAGAGCUUGAAGAGGAUGUUGAGUCGGUUGGGUACAUCGAGGCCAAUCGAGGACUGUCAGUCUAUGAUUUGUCGGUUUGAUCUCAAUAGAGAUGGCUUGCUUAGCUUCGAUGAGUUUAAGGUCAUGAUGAUGCUUUGA